AUGGGUCUAUUUGGACAAUUACUCCUCUUUUCUAUAGCUGUCAUUUUGAGUGAUGCAUCAAAUAUCCCAUGUGGGAAAGCUUUUCCAUGCGAUACGAGCUCUCAGUUAAAGGCAAGUGAAAUUGCGGUGGCGAUGUUCGGCAAAGAGCAAGAUUCCGAAAAGAAUAUCAUCACAGCGAAGGGGAUCCCGGACGCGUUAUUUUGGGUGGCUGCUGGAGAGGCUCGCACAGAGACACUUUCGCUCUUCAAUCACACCGAUGCCGAACUGAUUUACUCAGGCCAUCGUCUUUCUCCAUCAGCUGACCAAUUUGUGCUGAUGCAUCGAGUGGAUCGAAAAGCCUCCGAGAGAGCCCGUGCUGCGCAUGUCAGUGUGGCGAUGAGUAAACGACUAGCCCUCCUCGGUCUGCGAGAGAGGGAUUUCCGCUUCGGGGUCCCCUCGAAAGUGGUCGAAACGGUGCUCGGCGCCGAGUGUCCAUUGCCAAGUCUUGAGAAGUGCUCGGGCACGCGUUACAGAUCUUUUUCUGGUGUGUGCAACAAUGUGGCGAAUCCGGAGUGGGGCGCCUCGCAUACUCCGUUCAGCCGAAUGCUCAAACCCGACUAUGCAGAUGGCAUAACUUUGAUUCGCGAGUCGAAAACUGGCGAAGCACUUCCACCAAGAUAUUCAGUCACAACUUUAUUCGCGCAUUGGUGGCAAUUCGUGGCCUCGGAUAUGGUGAACAUCGUGCCUGGUCAAAGUGUUAUUGAUGGCCAAGUCCACGCAUUGCCAUGUUGUCGAAAGGGUUUCUCGCAUGCUGAGUGCGACGCGAUUCACGUGCCAACUGGAGACCCAGCCUAUAGAAAUCGUUUGAACUGUCUCCCUCACGCUCGUUCAAUGCCUUCCGCUAGAUCUAAUUGUGGAUUGGGGCCAAGAGAGCAGGCAAAUAUGGCAUCGGCUUUUCUUGAUGCGUCGAAUAUCUAUGGAAAUGAUCCCGAAAGAGCAAGAAGACUUCGACAUUUUAGAGGAGGCCAUUUGAGAACGGCGAGCAAUGCCGGCUUUUUUCCUGACGUUGAUGCGUCAUUGAGAUGUCAGGAGCCAGAUUCCCGAUGUCUUCUCUCCGGCUCCGACGAGGUGAAUAUGUUGCCCGGUUCGGCUGCUCUGCACACUCUCUGGGUUCGUCAGCACAAUCGAGUGGCCGACCGAUUAAAGGAAUUGAACAAGCAUUGGUCGGACGAUCGGCUAUUCGAUGAGUCACGGAAAAUCGUCUCCGCUCAAGUUCAACACAUCACUUACACCGAGUUUUUGCCGUUACUCCUAGGCGUCGAUGCGAUCAAAAAAUUCGGUCUCGAGGUGCAUUCAUCGGGUUUCGAUGCCGAUUACGAUAUGUCAAUUGAAGGAGCGACAAUGAACGAGUUUUCAAUCACUUUCCCCUAUCUCGUUUGGUCACUCUUUCCAUCAACUCCUCUCUACACCGAAUUCAAUAAUCCUGGUCGAAUUUUUCAAAGUCGCGGAAUGGAAGAUGUUAUUAGAACCCUACUAGCAGCCACAAUUGCAAAGCCAGCGUUGCGAAUGGGCGGCGAGAUGAAGAACGCUUUUAUGAAAGACAACUUGGAGAUCGGUUUGGAUUUGGUGUCAAUCGCUUUGAAACAAGGCAGAGACCACGGGAUUCCUGGGUACACCGCCGUCAGAGCAAGUUGCGGACUUGGAAAGAUUCGCGCUUUCCACGAAUUGGAGGACUAUUUCCAAGAGGAAAUCAAACUUGAAACGAUCACGAAUCUCUAUGACGAUGUUGCGGAUAUUGAUCUUUUGGUUGGUGUAAUGGCCGAAAAGGCGAACAAGGGAUCGCUAUUUGGAGCGACAAUGGGAUGCAUUCUGGGGAAGCAAUUCCAAAGGACAAGACGCGGUGAUCGUUUCUGGUAUGAGAACUAUUUUGCGGGCAGUGCUUUCAGCGAGAAUCAACUCGAUGAGAUCAGAAAGACUCAAUUGGCACAGAUUCUAUGCAAAAACCUUGACUUAACCCGUGUUCAGCCACACGUUUUCAUGAUUGAAGAUCUUUAUGAGAAUAUGGGAAUCGAUUGUAAAUCUUCGAUGUUCGACGAGUUUGACGUGAAAGAAUGGAGAGAUGGGGAGGUGAGACAAGAGCUCCCCGUAAGCCGAGAGACAAUCGAAAAAGUGAUGGCACUGGCAAAAACAAAUCUUGAAGAUCAAAAGAAAAGAGAAUCGGGAAAUAUCAAAAACAAUCAACGUCGUUUCACUCGCGGUGAUCCCCUUUUCCAGUAUUCUUCUAUGAUGAGAGCGAAGCCUGAAGCGAAAAAAGUCGCCCAGAUCUCCGAGCUUUUACUCGAGACAACGAAAUUGUUGCUGAAAGGUGAAAUGUUGAGAGAGGACGAGAAAUUACCGGAAUUGGAUACGGAGACUCUUCAAAUGAUUCUUCCUGAUGUGGAUGUGACCACGUUUAUCAACAAUUAUACGGCUUUUUUGAGUGCCGAUGGACAAAAAACGGUAGAAGAUUGUAUCCCAAAGAUGUUGCCCUGUGAUCACACCACUCGAUAUCGUUCAUUCUCCGGCUGGUGUAAUAAUCUCAAAUAUCCACAUUUCGCGAACGCAUUCGGCCCAUUAAAGCACCUUCUGCCACCCGUUUAUGAUGAUGGCUUCGAUAUCCCACGCUGGAGAGCCAAGUCGGGUCGACCUUUACCGAAUCCCCGAAAAGUCUCCAAUGUUGUCAAUGAGGAUAAAGAUUUUAAACACACGAAAUUCACGCAUAUGGUGAUGCAAUUUGGACAAUUCUUGGACCACGAGUUGACUCAUUCCCCAGCCGCUCGUGGGCCGAAUGAUGAGAUUUUGAACUGCACCAGAUGUGAUUCACAUGAGAGCAUCUCCGUUCAUUGUAUGCCCAUUCGGGUGGAAGAAGGCGAUCCAUUCUUCCCCAGCCAUUAUCCAAAUGGAGAACCAAGAUGUCUCCCCUUUGCCCGGUCACUGCUCGGCCAGCUCAACCUUGGGUAUCGUGGGCAAAUGAAUCAGCUAACAGCUUACAUUGACGCGUCGGUGAUCUACGGAUCGACGGAUUGUGAGGCGAAAGCGCUCAGGACAUUCCAUGGUGGAUUGCUUAAUUUCACCGAUUCUCUUCAACAUGGAGUACUACUGCCGCAAGGUCAACAAGAGCACGAUUGCCGCUCCGCUCCCCGGCAUCCGUGCUUUGUGGCUGGUGACGAGCGAAACUCUCAUCAACCAGGCCUCACCAUGAUGCAUACAUUGUGGAUGAGAGAACACAAUCGAAUUGCCGAGACUUUGCAAAAGCUCAAUCCACAUUGGACUGAUGAGAUUUUGUAUCAGGAAACUCGCCGAAUCGUGAACGCGCAAAUGCAGAAUAUUGUCUUCAACGAGUUUCUCCCGAAAAUCAUCGGAAACGAUUUGGUUGGCAAGAAUGGACUGAUGCCUCAAAAAUCCGGGUAUUAUACGGGUUACGAUGGAACUUGUGACGCUUCAAUCUCUCAGCCAUUCGCCACAGCGGCUUUCCGUUUCGGGCACACGCUUGUGCGGAGAAUGUUCCCGAGAAUGGAUUUUGAUUAUAAAAACAUGACCGAACCAGUUGACUUGGCCAUGCACUUCGGCCACGUCGAGCCAAUCUAUAAUGGAUCUUCGGGAGGACUUGACUCAAUGUUGAUGGGUCUUUUGGGCACUCCGUCAAUGGCUUUCGAUCGGCACAUCACUUCAGCAUUGAGAAAUCAUUUGUUCAUGAGGCGAGGUGAGCCAACAUCUGGAAUGGAUUUGAUCGCGAUCAAUAUGUUGAGAGCAAGGGAUCACGGUGUUCAGCCAUACAAUGAUUUCAGAGAGUUUUGCGGGUACAAGAGAGCAAAAACCUUUGGAGAUCUCCGAGAUUUGAUGGACGUUGAUGCGGUGAAUGCUCUUCAAGAAGUUUAUGAAAGUGUUGAUGAUAUCGAUUUGUUCCCGGGACUCGUCGCUGAACGUCCCCUGCCUGGAGCAUUGCUCGGUUCAACAAUGUCUUGUCUUUUGGCUGAACAAUUCCAUCGACUGAAGAAAUGUGAUCGUUUCUAUUAUGAAAAUGAUAACUCGGCGGCGAAAUUCACCCCAAGCCAAUUAAACUCCUUGCGAAAAGUGCGAUUGGCAUCAAUCUUAUGCAAAAACAGUAAAUACAUCAAAACCCUUCAGCCAAAUGUUUUUGAUAUGGCCGAUGAUUUGAUGAAUGCGCCAAUUCCGUGCUCGGACAUUCCGGCGAUUGAUCUGGAGCAUUGGAAAGAUCGGCGACAUUGCGAUAUGAAUGGAAGGACAAUCGCUUUGGGUGAAUCGCUUCAUAUCACCCCGUGUGUCACCUGUACAUGCACAUUGGAAGGGGUGAACUGCAACCCUCACAAAGUAAAUAGCUGCGAGAAUUUGUCGAAGAGUUUCCUGUUGAGCGAGAUUGCAAAGGAUGCUUCUUGUAUGAUCCAAUGUGCCGAUAUCAUGAAAAGACGA